AGUAAUUAUAAAAUACUUAGGCUAAAUUAGAGUGAAAAAUGCCCAGAUAGAAUAAGAUUCUAAAAUAAGUAUUAAUGGAUGAGAUUUCAAUAAUAUUUUAUAGAGACAUGCAAAUCGAAUAAGAUGAGUGCACAUAAUAUAAUAAGUUUAUGUAAAAUUUCAGCAAAGAGGAGAAAUUAGGAGAAGGAACAUAUGGAAUAGUAACAAGAGCUUUUGAUAAAAAAAGAGGGAAAGUUGUUGCUAUAAAGAAAUUGAAAUUAGACAGUUGCGAUGAUGAAGGAGUUCCGAGUACUACAAUAAGGGAAAUAGCAAUUUUGUAGAAAUUGAAACAUGGAAAUAUAAUAAAGUGUUAAUAUAUUUUAAUGUAGUUUAUUGGAAGUAAAAUACUUUAUGUAAGAGAAAAAGAUUUUAUUGAUUUUCGAAUCGAUGCAAUGUGAUUUAAGGAAAUACUUAGAUAAUAACUAAACUUUAUCAUUAAAUACAAUAAAAUAGAUAAUAUACUAAAUAUUAUUGGGACUAUCUUUUUGUCAUAGUCGUAGAGUAUUGCAUCGAGAUUUAAAGCCAUAAAAUAUACUAUUGAAUGAGACAAUGACAUUAAAGUUGGCAGAUUUUGGAUUAUCGAGAGUAUUUCCAUUUCCAAUGCCUAAAUUUACAAGGGAAAUAGCAACAUUGUGGUAUAGAGCACCCGAACUAAUGUUGGGUGAUGAUAAUUAUGGAACAGGAGUAGAUAUAUGGGCAGUAGGAUGUAUAAUGGCAGAAUGUUUAAUAGGAAGACCAUUAUUAGCAGGAGAUAGUUAAGUAGAUAUGCUAUUUAAAAUGAUGGAAGUAUAAUAUAUAAAGAUAUAAAUAAUAGUUAUUAGGUACUCCAAAUGAUAAUACAUAUGUUGGUUUAUCAAAGCUUCCUCAUUUCAAAGUGACAUUCCCUAAAUUUUAAGGAAAAGAUUUAAUUGAAGUUAUACCAGUGUUAGAACAUGAUAGAAAGGGUUUGGAGAUUUUAUAAUCAAUGUUAUAGUUUAAUCCAGGAAAAAGACCUUAAGCUAAAGAAUUGUUAAAACAUUGUUGGUUUGAUGAUAUAAGAAAUAAUUAUUGAUUAUUCUAUCAUUAU